AUGAUGAUGUUUGCUUUGUCAUCGACGACUUCCUACUGCGCCGGGGCGAAACUGAAGACGACGACGACAAAGAAGAAGCAACAACGAGUCGUCCUUCUCGCCGCAAAAGCCUCCUCUUCUUCUUCGUCUUCUUCGUCCAACGAUAAAGACGACGAAAGGGAAGAGGAAAAGGAAAAGGAGGGGUUUGUUCCCCAAAAAGGUGAAAAAAAGGAGGAGCAAAAAAAGGAAGCUGACGAGGAUAAAAUUUCGUCGUCUACUGAGUUUUCUCAACAUCAAAACUAUUUGGCGUUUGAUUCUCCGGAACUGCGCGUCUUAUCCGAACGCAUGCGUUUGGUGGAAAUUGAAACGAUCUUAUUGAGAGACGAAUACAACAAGAUGGUCGUGAAAGCGAUGCGAACGCCGAAAGAUUUUAUCGAAUGGAACGAACGGAACGGGUUUAACGAGAAAGGGGAGAGUUUAGCGGAGAAGCAACCGAAGAAGAAACGGUUGGAAACGGAAAACGCGAAGAGCGCAGGCGGCGAGGCGAAGAAGAGGAGAGAAGAGAUUGACGAACGCAUACGAAAGACGGACGAGUUCUUGAGAGAAAAGAUGAACGGGUCGUCUCUUUUACCGGAGGGGUUCCUCCAAAAGAUGAGCAAGGUUUUGGGCGACCAGAACAGUUUGUUUUCAUCCGUGGAGGAAAUUUUCGAGAAACGUUUGGGCGAGGAGCAGUAUAAGAAAUAUUUAGAAGAGAAACAACAAAAAGCAGCCGAUGAGAAGAGCAGUAUGAUUACUAACGUGGCGUUGGUGAACUUGAACUGUGUGGAAGACUUCUCGCCGCUGUUUGUUCUCGUCUUUCACCACGGUCACAACAGCCCGGAACAGGCUGGUAUUUAUUCUUUGCAAGAAAAAGCGACGCCGGAGGAGUUACCGGUGGAUACGAUUUUGGCAUUCAUGACGAAGGAAGAUGCGGAGAGGUACGCUAAAUUACUCAAGUCAUCAUUAGGUACGGUACCGAUCGUAGAGUCGGUGACGAAGAGCGAGUUGGCGCUGACGUGCAGAGUCGGCGGACAUCGCUGCGUAGUUUCUAAUAAAGGCUACGAGUUGGCGCCGCCCAAGGAAAGUUUACGCGUGACUGAUUGGGAACGAUCAAACAUGUUGCGAUCGGGCGCGUGGAGAGUUGUCGGCGAGGACGACACGUGCACUAUUUCCGACGACGAUUUGAGUUUAGAUUGGAAGACGCAAGGCAUGGAAUUGAUGGCUUCGUAUAGAGAAGAAGCGAAGAGAGAGCGAUUAGAAAACGCGCGAGAGAGAUUAGAACGGUUAUAUCGUAAAGGAACUUUGGGAAAGAACGAGGAGGAUCACACCGACCCGGACGAUCACUCCGAGUAA